CCGGUUAGUAGAAGUAGUGCCGUGGUAGUGCAGCGUAGCCGGCCGGUUCAGGAGCAAUCUGCCACUUCAUUCGUCCGUUCAGAAGCCGUUUUCGUACCUCAGGAAAGUGCAAGACUCCGUGGGGUCUUGCUAGCUAGCUAGCGGCUUGACUUGGGUUUCGCUCCCAAAGUUUAUGUUGGAAUCUUUCAUUACGCUAAUGGUCGAGUUAGUAUACAGCUCGUUGCUUAUCGAAGGGAUCCUCAAAUUGAUUCCCAUUGAGUUUUUGCAAAGUGCUUCGUGGUGACCCAAGUCUGAAACGAUUUACUUCCAUUGAAAAAAAUAUGGAGUGCCGAUCGUGGAACGCUCUUUUCUUAGUUCCUACCGUGCUAUGGCUGAUCUCGUUGCCCAGUUUGUCCAACGCCAUAACUUGCUCCAGUCAGCAAUGUCAGAACGGUGGAACAUGUCAUUUGACAGGUGAUGGUAGCACAUACAGCUGCGCCUGCGCCAGCUCCUGGGAUGGUCCCCAGUGCCAGUAUUCAUUCUUACAUGACUCAGACUGUUUUUCCGACUACUGCAACAACCAAGGCUUCUGCAAUUAUAACGCACUGGGCCUGAAGCAAUGUUCAUGCAGUCCCGGCUAUACUGGUGCUCUGUGUGCCACUGAGAUAUUCACAAGUUGUUCGUCGUUAACUUGCCACUACAAUGGCGACUGUACGUCGGACCCGUUUGGACAGGAGUCAUGUUCCUGCUAUGUCGGAUUCCGCGGCCAAUGGUGUGAAACAGUGGAUACUUCAAAUGAUAUCAGCUCAGCUCCCGACACCAGGUCCAGCCUGUCAACAGCCGUAAUUGCCUUGAUCAGCGCAGGCACCUUCGCAUUGCUGUGUUUCAUCAUUGUGUUAACAUGCCUGAUCCUUCGCUCGGCCAGAAACCGGAGGCUGAAUCAUAACUACCAGCUCCUGAUGGCAUCGGAGGAGGAUCAAGUGCGCACAUGCCCAGCACCACCAGCGACAACAUCCGGUGCAUGUCAAAUGGCUCCUCAAGCUCCGUGCACUCAAGCUGACAAGACCGAUAGCCCCACUUCGCCAGUAGUGUCGGCCUCGAGUCCUGCACCCAGUGUAAGCCACACUGAUGCAUCCCCGAAUGUUCACACAGUCCCGAGGCAAUCGGUUCGCACCGUGCCCCAGCCAACACACAACCCACAUGACACUGCAUAUGCAAUGUCCCAGCCAACACACAACCCUCAUUAUACAGCCAGUAGAAUGCCUCAGCCAGCUCACCGCCCUCAUCCCGCCGCUAACACAACGGAACAACAAGGAUACGUGCCUAGCUAUUCACCGGCGUAUGCACCUGGUGCUUCCAUGCCUGGACCAUCCAGCAUACCUGGCUUCACAGCCAACCCAGUACUUGCCAUGCCUACACUACAUGUACCAGCUUAUGGUAAGACCGUACCAAUCUCCAGGUGAGCGAAAUAUCGACUUAAGUUUGUCAUAGAACUACCAUUGCUGCUUUCGAUUGAAAGAGAAAAUCAAAGUUCGUGGAAGCAAGUGAUAUGGUUGGUGACGGUGAACUCUUUAUAAGACGUCUUUCCCCAUUUUAGUUCCCUCACACUAAGGAUUGCUGCAAUAGAGGUAUCCUUAGUUUGCCAAUGCUCAUUGCAUGACAACUAUACGUAAUGCAUGAUCAGCCCACCUGCUCAGGCUGUUUUCUUCUUUUUUUAUUCACCUGUAGGUGGUGUGUGUUUUUAUGGCCAAGCCGUAGCAUACAUUGGACAUCGGCCUGCGUAAUUUUGCCUUAGCUACUGUAAACUGUGAAAUUAUUGCCAUGGUCUGAUUUCUGCGAAAUUCACGACCGCGUGGAAAUCGCGAAAUUUAGACAGCGCGAAAAGAAGAUCUAUGAAAGGUUUAGCAAGAAUGCCACAGGUUGAGCAUGAGUGCCAUUCUGCAAUCGUAAAAUUAAAACCUCGCAAACCUGUCCGGAUUCUGAAAACGCGAACUAAAAACGCCGCGAAAAUUUCACGCUUUACAGUAUUAUGUGUUUUGUAGGGCUGCAAGGAAUAUUCGAUUGAUAUUCGUUCGUUACGGAUGAGUAUUCGUUAGUUUGUGAAAUAAAAUAUUCGUUGCAGCCCUAGUGUUUUGAACUUCACUGCGAAAACUGGAAGAAAGAACUUUUUUUCCUGAAUUUCAUUUUGUACAAUGUAGCCUCAUUAGUCUCGUUUUUCGUAGCCUGUAACUAUUUGCAAUUGCUUUUUGCUGCGUUGAUACUCUAGAUCAAUAGGCUGCUCUCACUGGAUAAGAGCAGUGAGUUAGGUUAGAUGUCAUGAUUUACCACACGAUACCAUACAAUUAUGUUUCCAUGUGAAAAUCUUGCGCUUUUUGUGGACAGCUGCUGUUCUUUUCUUAGAUAGUCCACUUGUAAUUCACUUUCUUUGCCUCUGCAGCAACUUGCUGCUUCUCUUUGUGCAUACCUGCUCCUAUGCAGAAAUGGUGUUCUGGUAGUGCAUUCAACAGCAUGCAUUAAGAGUUCAA